CCUUGGGAGCACAGAUCCUUUCUGCUGCUAAAGAACUGGGACACCUUUCCAAACUGAAGGAUCACAUGGCAGGAGACGCUAAAAGCCUGACGCCCAGGCAGUGUGCCGUCAUGGAUGUGGCUCUGGAUACCAUCAAGCAAUACUUUCAUGCGGGCGGGAACGGCUUGAAGAAGACUUUCCUGGAGAAGAGCGCUGAGCUUUCGUCGCUCCGCCACGCUCUGUCGCUCUACACCCAGACCACCGACACGCUCAUCAAAACCUUCGUGACCACGCAGCAUUCACAGGUGCACAAUGGGAAGGGUAUUAGGUUAACCCCUAAUGAGAAAAUCCAGCCCAGCAGGGGCUCAGGUGUGGACAAACCCAUCGGAGAGGUUUCCCUGCAGAUUGAGCUGUACACUCAUCCCAAGAGCAGAGAGCGGAAAGUUACUCUCAAAGUGAUUGCAGCCAGUGAUUUGAAGUGGCAGACGUCUGGGAUGUUCAGACCCUUCGUGGAAGUCACGAUGAUCGGGCCGCACCUCAGCGACAAGAAGCGCCGAUUUCAGACCAAAUCCAAGAACAACAGCUGGUCUCCCAAAUACAACGAGACCUUUCACUUCGUUCUGGGUGUUCAGGACGGGUUCGAGUGCUACGAGGUUCAAGCCUGCGUCAAGGACUACUGCUUCGGCCGCGCCGACCGGGUGGUGGGCCUGGCCGUGGUGCAGCUGAGGGACAUCAUGGAGAGGGGCAACUGCGCCUGCUGGUGCCCCCUGGGCAGCGCAUCUCCAUGGACGACACGGGCCUGA